UGAAUUUAAUGAAUAAAGGAAAAAAAUGUGGCGAGAAUUUGGGACUUCUGAACUGAUAAUAAUUUUGUUUUAUUAAUUUGAUGGGAUGUUAUUAAGAAGCAAAAUUCAAUAAUAUAAAUAUUAUUUUUAUAAUAUAUCAUUAAAUUUUCAGAAUAUACAGAUUUAUUUAUUUUUUAUUUUAAAUAUAUUGUCAAAUGAAUUUUGGACCUCUUUCCGCAGUCGCUGUUUCGAAAUUGAAUGGAGGGCUGACAUUUGACUGAAUACCAACGGUCAUUUUUUCAAAAAAAAAAAAAAAAAAAAAAAAAAAAAAAAAAAAAAAACAGAGGAAAAGAAGUAGAAGGUAUAGUAAAAGGAAGGAGCUAGCCGUUACACGAAAAGUACGGCGAGAUAUCUUCUUCUAUCUUCUUAUAGCGAAUUGUUUACGUCACUGUUCAAACUCUCUGGUAUUCAUUCAAGCAUGGCAUACACAAGAUCUCCUUCUCCUAAUCCUUCUAUGCCCUCAAACCCUAGCCCUAAAUCCCAAGAAAAAAGCAGCGUUCUCCGCAAAAGUGGCACCUUUCCUUCUAAGCACUGCAUCGCCUCGGCAAUUCCUCAAAAGAACUCGAGUUCCAAAUCUGCAAGUGCCCUUCCAUCUCCACGAGCUUUUUUUGAGCAUAAGGAGAACGAAAGGGACCUCAAUGACUCCAAGCCGGCAAGGACGAGGUCCCCUGCCGAGAAUCCUUACAAGGGCAUUAAGGGUUUUAUGGCUCCAACGAUCUCAGCAUCUUCUAAGAUAGCUGCUGCAGCGCCGCGUAAGAAGAUUCUUUCAGAAAAAAACGACGUGCUUCAGGAUUCUGUGAAAAUCCCUAGUGUCUUAGUUGAAGGAGUUAAGGUGGAGGAGAUCCUGCCAAAAUCCGGAAUGGGUUUUGAAUCUGAGGAUAUAUCAGUUCGAAAUGGAUCAAGGAUGAUGGAUUUUAGUGGUUCAAGGGGCCAUAACCAAUCGACAGGCAGUCAUCAUCCUUCUAGUGUCUUAGUUGAAGAACUGAAGGUAGAGGAGAUCCUGCCAAAAUCCGAAAUGGAUUUUGAAUCUGAGGAUAUAUCAGAUCAAAAUCGAUCAAAAAUGAUUGAUUUUAGUGGUUCAACGGGCCAUAACCAAUCAACAGGAAAUCAUCAUCCUUCUUGUUGUCCUUCAGAUGCUGAUCCAUCACUUCCUCCUUAUGAUCCAAUGACUAACUACCUUUCACCUAGGCCCCAAUUCCUUCACUACAAGCCCAAGCCAAUGAUUGAACAAAAUCAUGGCUUUACGGAGGAUUUGUUUUAUGUGGGGGAUGGUAGACGAUUGGAAGAUAGCUUCUCUGAUACCGAAGGCUCCGACGUUUGCAGUGAGUACACAGAGGAGACAAAAGCUUCACCUGUGAAUAUGGGACCAGAGGAUGAGGAUGUUUCCACUAAGUUGAACACACAAGAAGCUCUGGUUCCUUAUGAAACUUACGCUUCUGAACCCAAAACAAGAGCUGAAACCUACAAACCUAGAAUUUACAAUAGGUCUUUUAGGAAGUCAAAGAUAAUACCAUUUCUUUUGUUAUCCACUAUUGUGCUCUCUUGUCUUCCAUUGGCUGAUUUACCCAUUUUUUCCCCUUUAAUGAAAUAUGAGUCUUUUGUUGGCCCUCAUACCCAGGCCUUUGGUGUCAUCAAAAACGUGCAUCCCAAAUAUUAUGUAGCUUUUGUCAAUCGGAAUAUCCAAGGAUUAGUCAGCAUGUUGAGGCAGUGGUUAUUAGAUUUCAUUAAUGUUCUCAGCUCUUCUGGUUAUACGUCAAGAGAUGAAUCAGAUAUGAUGUUUUUCUUUAACAUGUCAAUAUCACCAUCCAUAGUUCAAAAUGUAGGUUUGGAUUUCGGUUACAGCUCUGAGUUGGAGACUGUUAGAAAGAAAGAAACAGUUGAAGGACGAAAUUAUCCGGUGAAUACUAUGGAAAGUGAGUUUGAACUUGAUAAGAUGGUUAGAAAUGCCUUGGUUCGUAAUGACAUUGAUGAUGGUGAGAAGCUACAUUUUAAGUUGUCAGAUGUGAAUGGAGAUGGAACAAGAGAUAAGAUGGUGCAGGAGCAGGAAGAUUAUAAGUAUGCCAAAUAUGAAGACCUCAAUUCUCUUACUGACCUCAAUUCUCAGACUAAGAUGAUUGAUGUUGCCAUUUCUGAAGAGGCUGAUGGAAAAGGUUAUCCUGCGGGAUUUGAGAUUGUGCAGGUGCUUGAAGAACAAAUCCUAGUAGAUUUGAAGCAAGAGAAUAGUCACUCCUUCAUAGACGGAAAGAUCAAAGUUGGGCUCCCAGAAUUGAAUGGAGCUGGCGCAGGAGAUGAAAUGGUUCAAAAAGGAGAAGAGGAUUACCAUCCCAAGUAUGAAGAAGGCUUCAGUUCAUUUAUGGUUCAACCUAAGAAGAUUGAUAUCGCCAUAUCUAAAGAGGUUCAUGGAGAUGAUUAUCUUAUGCAGUUUGAAGAACAAGCUCUAAUGGGGUUGCGACAGGAGAAUAUUCACCUCAUAAAUAAAGACCACGUUGACUCAUCCACUGAACUUGUAGUUGCUUCUCAAAUGAAGAACCAAAAAGAUGAUGCUGGAGUUGUUAAUUUCCUGUCUGAAGUCCAGCCUUCUGUUUUUGCUAACGCUAAUUUGAUUCUGCCAGUCUUGGGAGUGUUAGCUGCUGUGGUGCUUGCUAUCGCAUUAGUCUUUCUCCUUAUGAAGCAGAAACAUCUUCAUGCUACUUCGUCUAAAAAACACUUGAAUAAGAAAAAUAGAUCUGUUUCCGGUGGCAGUGUGAGUUGCAAAGAUUUUACUAAUGAAUCUCCUUAUCAUAAUCUGACAGGACUUGCUGAGGUUGUGGGUGAUUCGGGUCCUACAGAAAUGAGCUCUUGCCUGAACAGUAGCUUCUCUGUUAGGCAUCAGAGGAAGAAAAUAGCAAGUCAUGAGGUGACUCCAAAUUAUGAAACUUUGCAAAGGAGGGAAUCUGGAGUAUCGUCUUCUGUUUCUUAUGGAAGUUUCACUGCUUUUGAAAAAACCUCUGCUAGAAAGGGCGAGAAAGAUGAUGAAGUAAUGACGCCUGUGAGGAGAUCAAGUAGGAUUAGGAAUCAAGCUAUUUCUGGCUGAACAUCUUUUACUUCUGAUGUUUCUUUAGGAAGCUGACUAUAAUAUAUCAUUAAUAGCCAUUUUCUCUGCACUUGGAACUUCUAGCUUCAUGUAAUCAGGCAAUUUUUUAUUGUCUACUGAAGCUUGGUUUGCUGAAACAGCUCUGUUUUAGUUCUUACAAGUUUAUCUCCAGUUCUA